AUGUAUUUCUCUAUUCUGAAAAGUGGUCAUCCCCGGAAACGCCGCCAUUAUAUUCCAAAGACCCGCGGCAUUGCUUCUUCUAGAGAUUAUGUCUGUCCUUCCUGCGCAGGAGGCCUUUUCUCUUCCUCCAGCGGGGCAUACAACCCUCCCUCUAGAGCCGAUAAUCGUCACUCGUCAGCGCGCCACCUUUGGGUAUCAACUGAUUCCUUUGGCAGUCUCUCGUCCUCACAGCACCCUAUAUCCACCUCCUAUACCUCUCCCCUUUCGCGAUCCCCUUCCUCCUCCUCCACCGAAGACCUCGCCGAGACUGCAGCAGACGAAGAAGACUCUGAAGACUAUUGCAAAGGCGGCUAUCAUCCCGUCCGAGUCGGAGAAACCUAUAACAACGGUCGUUAUGUCGUCAUUAGAAAGCUCGGUUGGGGCCAUUUUUCCACUGUUUGGUUAUCGCGAGAUACAACGACUGGCAAGCACGUUGCUCUAAAGGUCGUACGCUCCGCCGCGCAUUAUACAGAAACCGCUAUAGAUGAGAUCAAACUCUUAAAACGAAUUGUCGAUGCAAAACCCGAUCACCCCGGUCGCAAACAUGUUGUCAGCCUUCUCGAUUCAUUUGAACACAAAGGGCCAAACGGUGUCCAUGUAUGCAUGGUGUUUGAAGUGCUUGGUGAAAACUUGCUAGGUUUGAUCAAGCGAUGGAAUCAUCGCGGAAUCCCUAUGCCUCUCGUCAAGCAAAUCACAAAACAAGUCCUUUUGGGCUUGGACUACCUCCAUCGUGAAUGUGGCAUCAUCCACACAGACCUAAAACCGGAAAAUGUACUGAUUGAGAUUGGAGAUGUCGAGCAAAUCGUCAAAGCCCACGUCAAGGAAGAAGAAAUGAAAAACGAGAAAGAAGACCACCGAAAUGGCCGCAGGAGGAGACGCACCCUCAUUACCGGCAGUCAACCCCUCCCGAGCCCGCUUAACACAAGCUUCAACAAUGUAGAUCCAUUCAAGUCCUAUACCCCCACCCAAAGCUCUCAUAGUAGCCUACACCAGGUGUUAUAUGACUCGCCAGCGACGCCAUCGGGGUUAUCCAUGAAGGAUCUGCUCGGGAUCAAAGACGCGGAGAAGCUUGCAGACGAGAAACAAAAGCAAAGAGAGAAGACAACUGACAUUCUGGAACGUGAGGUGUCUGGUAUAAACCUAGAGAGAACCGCAACACCGGACCAGAUGACCGGAGAUGAGCCAACUGUCGAGAUAAUUUCUGUCAAAAUUGCUGACUUGGGAAAUGCCUGCUGGGUCGGGCACCAUUUCACGAAUGACAUUCAGACCCGGCAAUACCGGUCGCCAGAAGUUAUCCUUGGUGCAAAAUGGGGUGCCAGCACAGAUGUAUGGAGUAUGGCAGCAAUGGUUUUCGAACUCGUCACAGGGGACUACCUCUUUGACCCCCAGUCCGGCACCAAAUACGGAAAAGAUGACGACCACAUUGCACAAAUAAUCGAGCUCUUAGGCCCCUUUCCCCGAUCCAUGUGUGUAUCCGGCAAAUGGAGUCAAGAAAUUUUCAACCGUAAAGGGGAACUGCGCCACAUCCACCGUCUCCGCCAUUGGGCUUUACCGGAUGUGCUUCGCGAGAAAUAUCACUUCAGCACCGAAGAAAGCAAAGCCAUUUCGGAUUUUCUCACGCCAAUGUUGGAGCUCAUACCUGAGAGAAGGGCAAAUGCUGGUGGCAUGGCAAACCACCCUUAUCUCAAGGGUACGAAGGGAAUGGAUCAUAUACAUUUGAGCGUUCCUGUUGGAAGUAGAGGUGAAGGCAUCUCUGGUUGGGCAUCAGAAGUCAAGAAAAGAUAG